CCCGGCCGGCGCUGCGGGUGCCGGCACCAUGGCGGAGUCCCAGGUGAUCCUCCUGGACAACUCGCACGUCAACGAGAAGGUGACGGAGGCCCAAGCCCGCUUCUACUACAGCGAGGAGCAGCGCCGGGCCCUGGAGGCGCUGGUGACCCGGGGCGAGGCGGCCUACAGGGAGAAGCUGAAGAAGGAGCAGUUCCGCGACUUCCUCUCCAGCCGGGAGCUGCAGGCCCUGCGGGCCGGCUGGCAGGGCUACAACGACCCCCAGGAGGGCGGCAAAGUGGUGCGUGGGGCCGGCGGCAAGACCCUCUCGCUGACCUACUGGCCCGAGUGCUCCGACACGGAGGUGCCCCCGCUGGACUUGGGCUGGACCGACAAGACUUUCUACCGGGGCAUCAGCCGCGUGGUCCUCUUCACGCACCCGCGCAAAGAGGAGAGCGCGCCCCACCUCAAGGAGGUGGUGCGGGAGAUGAUCCAGCAGGCCCAGAAGAUUAUUGCAGUGGUCAUGGAUGUAUUUACAGAUCGGGACAUCUUCCGAGAUAUUGUUGAUGCAGCAUAUAAGCGCUGGAUCCCUGUCUAUAUAAUCCUAGAUGAGGAGGGUGUGAAGCUUUUCUUGGAAAUGUGCAGAUGCCUUGACCUCAAGGAAUUGCAGAUCCGGAACAUCCGUAUACGUUCUGUGACAGGAGUUGGGUUCUACAUGCCAGCAGGGAAGAUCAGAGGUACAUUGGCAUCCCGAUUCCUGAUGGUGGAUGGUGAAAAAGUGGCCACAGGAUCCUACAGCUUCACGUGGAGUUCAUCUCAUGUUGACAGAAACAUCCUGCUAUUAUUGACAGGACAGCACGUGGAGAUGUUUGACAUUGAGUUUCGUGAGCUCUAUGCCAUAUCAGAGGAAGUUAAUUUCUACAAAGAACUAGGUAUUGCUAAUCCGUUCCUUUCUGGAGCUGGUAAACCAGGCCUUCAUUCCUCCACCGUGGCUCGGAAGAUCAUUAACCCCAAGUAUGGUUUAGUGGCAGGGGCAACCCGUGGUGAUAUGAUGCUCUGGGCUUCACGUCACAGGCAGGAGAACCAGGGGAAUUUGGAAAAGGAGGAAACAAGUGAGUCGAAGAAACGGUUGAAUCAGUUCCUGAAUGACUUAAUCACAUUGGAGCAAGAGCUACCAGAGAUUGAGCCACCUCUGGAGAACUUGAACAAAUUGAAUCGGAGCCCUCAGAAACUGUUCGGCCGACUCCAUGCGGACUUGAAAAAUAAAUCCAAAUCUAGAGAAUCUAUUCGUGACAUGAAGAAAGAAGAUGCACAGCCCAGCUCAAAGCAAGGAAAACGUUUUGCCAGUGGGCUUUUCAGUCGCAAGGCUAAACGGUCUCCAGGCUCAAGCAUUGAGGCCAAUUCUUUUGCCAGUGAAGGACAUUCAGGAGAAGACCUUGGGAACAUGAAACUAGAAUGUGAACAGCUCAGCAUCGGUCAUGCCAGCGUUCGGAGUGCUGGAGGCAUCUCAGGUAACCCGGGUCCAAACUCCACUACAAGCGAUAAAAACAAACAACCUACCUGUGUGUUAUCUUGAUUGAGAAGGAUUGUCUGGAGAACUGAAGACUGAACAAGCUGGAACAUUCAACUGUUGACUGAUUUUGAACCUACAGCUAUGUCCUCACACAGCGGUCUGUCAAGCCACUGCAUGGUCCUGGAUGCACCUGGCACCCCCAGUUAAGCACAUUUACUGGGUGAAGCACAGACUUUGGAUGGUUGGUCCCUUAAGUGAGGGCUAGUGAUGAAUGUAUUAGUCCAUAUGUGUGUGUGCAUACAUAUUUUAUAUAUAAAUACAACUGUGAUGACUGGGUCUCAGAGCUUGCUCUGCAUCCAGAUAAGUGCAGAUUUUCUGACUUACUUGUGCUGCUACUUCAGUCUGUCUAGCUACAGACUCAGAAUCACUGUAUUGCAUUGUUUACUCUACUGCAUUGCAGAAAUGUCCUGGUCUGACUGGCUGGAAGGCUAAGUCCAUUCGAAGUGGCAAAUUCUGGGUGAAACGGUGAUGUUUACAGACAGCAUAGCAAUUCUGUGUCCUCGAGGAGUUUUCCUGUAGAUUACUGUUGUCAUUUAUCCACACAGAAAUGAGUGGUUAGGGGAGAAGUGCUUGGCUCAAACAGGCCAAGAGAUUAGUAUUCUAACUGCUUGUUUCACGUCAUAAAAAUAGCAGUUGAACAAAGUGAUUUUGCAAUAAUCUAUUAAAGAGAAGAACUGGAAUGGAGGGGUUUGUUUAACAUGCCAUUCAGGCCAGGCCUCGGUUGCAGGAAAAACACUUUGUAAGGGGGCCUAGGCAGAUCUGGGAGCAGUAAUGCAGGCCUUCAAUGGCUGUUAUAAACCCCAUUUGUUGCUAAUUCAGUGACACUUUGCCAUUCAUGGAAACUGAAUGAUUAAAGGGGCACAUCUUCAAGGCUGAAAAGAAGAAGCAGAGGAAGCAGACAAGCUUUUCAAAUAUUCCUUUUUUUUUUUUUUUUUUUGAAGUUAACCUUUCCAAAUUCUAAAACAUGCCAAAAUCAAGGGCUCUGAUCCAUAAGAACAGCCACAUGCAAUCAGACCAAAGGCCAUCUAAUCUGGUAUCCUGUCUCUGAAGAUAGCCAGUAACAGGUGAUCACAGAAGCAUAAAAAUAAAGCUCAUCUACAGAGGUCUUUCCCUGACACUGUUCCUGCAGUCUUUGGACUCUUUGAACCAGCAGUUCCUUCUGGACCUAGCCUUAAUGAAUACAAUUAGUCCCGUUUUAAAAAUCCUUCUGUACUUUUGGCCUCCACAGCGUUCUGUAGCAAUGAACCCUGAGUUCAUUGUGUGGUAUGAAAAAGAACUGUCUUCCAGCUGCCUGCUUGAUGGUUUCAUUGAGUGACCCUAUUUCUUCCACUGUCAGAUGUACCAAAUGACCACCCCUAUUCCUUGUCUCCUUGCCAUUUGUGAUUUUAUAGACCUAUAUCACAUAUGUCCUCAGUCCUCACCUUUUCCAAGUUACAGGGUCAUGGUAUAUUUAGUCUUUCGUUAUAUGGGACCUGUUUGUCACCUUUUGUUCAUUGGCCCUUUUCCAGUUCUACCCGCUAAUAGAGUGGGGAAACAGGUUGUUUUUGUUUCUUCAGUAUGUGGAUUGAUAUUCCACUCUGCCUUCUUGCCAUCUAAAUUACAUACUCUGCUGUCAUAAACAAGCCCUCGUGUGAUAAGCACGAAAAAUAAAUCCUACUGGUAAGUAGUCACCUGAAAACUAACAUACCUACUUGUCAGAAAAUUAUAUGGAUAUCAGAAAAACAUAGGUUUAAUCUUCUUUUGUUUUAAGAGCCACCAUUUCCUUGCACAUGGAAUCCACAUCAAAGAUGACCAUUCCACUGCCAACACAGAAUAAGCUGUUCCAAAGACUCUUCCAGGUUCUAGGUUACAGUAGUUGUUGUUACACUGAAGCAGCUGCCUGUAGUUGAUGACAAAAUGUGAAUUAUUGAUUGAUUGAUUAAGUAACUGCCUUUCCUGGGAGUGUAUUUAACUCGAAUGGCAAGAAUGUUUGCUUUACUCUGAGUUCACCCAGUAGAACAUCUUGAGACCAUAAAAAGCCAAAGGUAUUGUGCCUUUUGUUAAACAUGCUCAUCCUCAUUUGAUAGGUAUUCAGAGUCAACUAAAUGCUUGCUAUUCUAUAUAGGUAUUCUAAAUAGACUUCUGGAGCAGGCUGUAGUUUUACAGCUAGGUCUGUCAGCUGUUAUUAUCAGCAGUGUUUCAUAAAAUUGCUCCUGGUAAUGGGAGAGAAGAGGUGUUGGAAAGGACACCAUCACUUGGACAUAGAAGUAACUUAAUACAUGAGUUAUCCUGUUGGCUUCUGGAGGACUGCUCAUGUGCCUAAAACUACUUGCUGUAUGUUUGCAAAAUUGUCUAAAAUAGCUUAUUUUUGCUGUACUUCUAUUAUUCUCCAGAUGUUUGGGAGAUUUUUUUUUCUCCUUGUAUUUAUUUCACUCUGUUAACAAAGAUCAGAGAUAAAUUUAUCAGGCCAAUGUUGUUCCACUUCUUGUUCUGAUAAGAAUAUUGUCAUCUGGUGCUUCCCUGUUCUCUCAGACUUUUAAAAUAUUUAUUUAUUUUUUAAUUGUGCAAUAGGUUAAUUAACUAAUUAGUACCCUGUUGAUGUAUAUGGUCAAGUUUUCCAGGAAGUCCUUUAUCUCUGUGUUUUUAUGUCUUUGUUGCUUCACCUUGGAUGGAAUGACUUAACAAAAAGCCCGAGAAGCUGAUUUCACUUGUUCUUCAUUUCAUUCUGUGCUUGCUUAUUAAUGCAUUUUGCCUUCUUUAUGACAGAUGUGAAAGCACUUUUUUUUAACCUUGCCAGCUAACAGGUUCUCCUUUUCAGUAUAAGUCUCAUACCUGUUUGUCUUCUAUUUUGUUGCUACGCCAGUUCCUAAAGGGUAGUGUUCAUUCGUCAUUUUUAAAUCCCUCCUCCUUUAUUUAGGAAGUCACAGGAGUUGAGUCUCACGCCUUGACUCCAGGGUCUAGUGGAAUUCCUUAUGCUUAUUAUAUGUUGUUAAAUUACUUAAUUUUAAAAAACCAAACUUGCUUUUUUGCAUGAUAUGAAUCUACUCCUUAAACUCAGCAGGAUUCUUUGGGGAUGCACGCAGCCUCGCUGAUCCAGAGUGGAUGUUUCAGACUCUGGUGAAACCUGUUCUUCACUGCCGAUAAGAUCAGCUGAACUUGGGCCAAUUGGCUGCUCUUAUGGCAACAGCUCUGAGGCUGGGUGAGCUGACUGGGUUUAUUUUGACUAGUUUUGCUCACUGUGGUGCUUGAGGAGCACUGGAAACCUGAGGCUGUGACCUGUAAAAUGAGUCUCUAUUGCUAUGCCAGAUAAAAUGUGGUUGACAGUGCUGGGGGGCAGAGGGGCAAGGAGCAAUGGUUAUGGAUUCUGUUGAAAGUCUGCUAAUGGAGGCUGAAGGCACAGCAGUACCUAGAGCAGUGUUCAAAUAAGCUGCCAUUUAGUCCUUGCUCCAGAAGCCAUUUCUUGCUACUAAUGUAACCAAGUCACUAACUUUCUAAGGGGGCAGGAAGGAUGGGAAAUAUGUUUCUUGUUCUAUUACUAUUUUAAAGAACAAGAUUAGCUCUCUUUGAAGUUUUCUGACCCUGGACCCCUCUUCUCUGGAUCUUAUUUACCCUUUGGCUCGUCAGCCUAAGUUUGCUGAUCUUUUUGGCGUACCAUGGAGCCUACAUUUGCAGUCCUGGUUUUGGAUGGAGGGUAACAAAACUGGGGCUUGAGGCUCUUUCUUUCUGGCAUGAAAUGGGGAGAGGUUCUGAAUGAGCUUUUUGGCUGAAUGCAUGCCUUUCGGGUUUCUUUUGGUAUGCAUUUGUAUAUUUAAUGUGUAUGUGUCCAGUGAAUCAUGCCAGAGAUCUUUUCGAAGUCAAAUAAAUAAACUUUUUACUAUGUUA